UCGACAUGCUCUUUCAUCUCCACAGAUCAGAAAAUUGUUUUGGAGAAAAAAGUUUCCCGACCUGGAGACCGGUUUUUCAAAAACCGGAUCUUAUAAGGCCUAACUGCCCAAGCCACUAUGAUAUUCGAAUUCAGCAUAGUCGAUUACCUAUUGCUCACUAGAAAAGGGAUAAAAAGCGAUUUGUCAGUUGGGGAUCUUCCCUCGUUAGAUGGUGUCAAAAUUUAGUUUAUAAAUAAUAUAAUUAUAUCCAGGCAAAACUCAAAUUAUAAUAUUAAAUUUGAGUUUUGCCUAGAAAAACUUCAGGCAAAACUCCAAUUUAAGUUUUGCCUAGGCAAAUUUAAAAUCUGCCUGAAUUUGAGUUUUGCCUGCAACGUAUAUGCCCCAGUGACAACUGUUUUCAAACCACCUUGUACUAUACUGAAGAAAAAUCAAAAAAUUUAAGCAUCGCCCAAACCUUUUUAUUCUUGACAGCCAGUUAUCAUCCUGUACUUAUGAAAGUAUAGUAAUGGUUAACCAUAGUAAUGCUCUCUUACACGGAACGAUAUUUAAGUGGAUGUAUCAUUUUAAAGAUGGAUGAUCAAUCAUUGAAUAUGAUUCUGUUAUAGUAUACCAGCCGUUACGUCAUAUAACAAAAGUCUAAAAGAUGUUUGAAGUGAUCAUCCCAGACCUGCUUCAAGGACAAAAGAAUUUUUGUUCUCUACGGGACCGCAUCAGAGCACCGUCGCGGGAUUUCCCAAAAAACUGUACAAUUUUUUUCACAAUUUAAUGCAUUUUAGAGUGUUCCACGUUUCGUCAGAAUAAUUUUGGGAUUCUUUUAACAAAUGUGCUUUGUAGAGCAAACACCUUUCUACUAAAUGAGACGUUCCGCACCUCUGAGCCAAUCUUGUUAACCGAUGUGUAACAGUUUUUUCUGAUGCCCCGACACCCGUUUUUAACUGGUGCAUACCUAAUUAAAAUAUCGUCUGAAAUUGAAUGUCAGGUUGAUUUUCUGAUCUGUGCGAAGUUGAUUUACUAAAAUACUUAUGUAAUUUGCCGCAGUUAUUAUCUGAACGGCUUUUAAUAAUAAGACUUCUGGUACGUAGCCUAUAAACCAUGGAUGUUGUAUUUAUUUCUGUGGACGACACAUUAAUGCACUUGAAAUGUAAAAAAACGGCCACUGAACAGAAUGAGGAAAUUUCGGUAUAAUAAAGAUCGAGAAACAAAUUAAUUUUACAGAAAUAAUUUUGGUCUGGAUUCCUUUUAAUUACGGUAUGCGACUUGUCACUAUCGAAAUUAAACUACAUAUGUAGAGAAAUAUAAGAACAAAAAUGGCACUGCGGAUUCGAGCGCGACAGUAAAUACUUUUAGUGAGAUGAGGAUAAUCAAAAUUUUUUAUGCUGUCUGCUUUUUCUUAGAAGUAAAAAGGUGAAAAAAUCUUGAUUAAAAAUGAAAAUUUUAAAAAGCAGGAUGGGAAAUGUCUUCACCCAUUUUCUAUCAGCACUUCUUACUAGAAGAAAAACCUAAAAAUCAAGAACCCUACCAUCAAUUCAUUUUACAUAUUGUAAUACAAAAAUAAUAAAUCAUGAACUUUAGAUGUAUCAUCUUUUUGGUAAAUUUUACUAAAGGUGUACAGUCAAAUAUGCACAGUUAGAGUGACUGUUUAACCCUUUGAGGACGGUGGGACAUACGUUGUCCCACCUCUUUUACAUUAAUAAAAAUAUCAUUAAUGCACAUUGAAACACGAAAUAAGGAAGGUAAUUAGGAUCAAAAGCAAUCGAAUUCAACGCGUUACACUUUUCGUUUCAUUCUUUCCUUCGCUCUCAUCGGUCCAUCUCCAUUGUCCUCGAUUUUCGCCGCUGCGAACAGUGACGUCAUGAUUUUCUUCUUUUCUCUCUGAUGACUCGCUUCUUCGAGAAUAUUCUCAGCCUUUUUUGACUAUAUAUAUACACGCAUGUUCUCAAGGAGGAAUUGAUAUAUUCAAACGAUUCGUCUCUUAGACCUUUGUUCUUCGUUUCUCACAGUGCUUUACGUAAUAAACACAAAGAAGAUGGAAUUCGAUGGGGAAAGUGAAGUCGAUGAUGAGUCCUGCGAUUCAUACGAUACUGAUGACACCAGUGAAAGUGAUUUCGAUUUCAACGACGAUGAACUGAUCGAUGACUUCGAGGGUCUCGAACUUUCUGACGAAGAUCCGGAUGCAUAUGUAAAUGAGCUAAAUUCCUCGGAUGAAAACAUCGCUACGGAUAGCGGUUUCAUAUCGAUAUCCGACGAAGAGCCAACUCCAAUUUCGAUCUUUCGAGCCUUUUUCACUGAUGAAAUUUUACAUUUAAUUACAAAGGAAACAAACAGUUACGGAAAGGGAAAGUCAUCAGCACAGAACCGUUGAACAAGAGUUUACUUUAUUAAAUCUGAACGGGAAAUCGUGCAGGAUUAAGAUCACAUGAUAAACAACAACUUAGAUACAAUAAAUUAUGUGUAUCUAGUUGUACAUAUCGAAUUUUUGCUGCAUUCAACCUAAAAAUAAACAUAAGAAAAGAGCUUGCUUUUCGUGCCAGCAAAAGUGCAAUUACCAUCUAUAGUCUGCUCUCUGUGCAAGCUUUUUUCUUUUUCGUCAAAAUAUUCCAGUUGUUGUCCCUGGAGAUGACUAUCAUCAUAUUCACGAGAAACUUUCGAUAAAUUUGAUGGUUGAUUUAGACCGUUUAAAAUUUGAUGCCCAAUUUGUACAUCGAUAAAGUUUGUCAAUGUUAAUCCUUGCUUUCGCAGUUGGAUAUGAUCAUUUGAACAACCAACACCGACCUAAUAGUAGAACAGUGGUCAGUAUAGUCUCAAAAAGUUAUAAUUCCAGGUCUGAAAUUCGAAAUAACUGCCAGAUUUUUCAUGUUUUUCCAAAAAAUUCAGGAGGAUAAUAUCAGUUUCCUUCUAUGUACGGAACAACUUUUUUGAAAGAAAAAUGUCAUCUCCAGGGACAACGACUGGAAUAUUUUGACGAAAAAGAAAAAAGCUUGCACAGAGAGCAGACUAUAGAUGGUAAUUGCGCUUUUGCUGGCACGAAAAGCAAGCUCUUUUCUUAUGUUUAUUUUAGGUUGCAUGCAGCAAAAAUUCGAUAUGUACGACUAGAUACACAUAAUUUAUUGUAUCUAAGUUGUCGUUUAUCAUGUGAUCUUAAUCCUGCACAAUUUCGGAUGUGGAUCAAAUCAUCCGAAUUAGCCUGUACAAGGUUACCAAAAGCAAAAAUGAGAAAAAUGAUAGAAGAUGAUGAUGAUGAUGAUGGUGAUGAAUAUUUUUCACAACCACUGUUGUCACCACGACCAGAACAACAACAAUGUCGGCUAUCGCCCAAAAAGAGAAAGAAUAGCGACUCAAUGGAAAGUGAACGAUCAAAACAGAUUAAAACUCAUGAUCAGAGAAGAGAACAAAUUGUCAAACAGAAUCGAUAUUUUUGUUUUAUCCAGUACAGUACUGUCAAACAAGUAAACAAAUUCAUGAAUAAUCGGCUCCAUUUAAUUGGAGAUAGUCGUACAUUGAAAUGCAAAUGUGUUCUUCCCACGAAACAAUUUGAAUCACAAUUAGAGCGGUAUAAAGUUAGUAGGAUGAUCAAAUUAGUUUUUAAAAUCAAAACUACUUACCAAGCUGAACAGUUUUCAAGAAAUAAGAAACGUAUUGAUUCUGAAUUAUAUGAAUUUUGUUCAAAAUAUGAUAUCGUUAAACAAUUCAAAAAUGAAACAGAUUAUUAUUUGGUUCAAUUUGACGAUUAUGAUUCGUGUGAUUAUUUAAUAAUAGACAAUUACUAUAAACAAUUUCGACUGUUGAAUUUAGAUAUAGAAAUUGUCAGAAUGUAUGAUGAUGAAAUAGAUUAUCAACGUGAAUAUGAACGACAAACGAAGCACAAAAAUGAACAUAACCAUGUAAAUAGAAGAUAUUGA